AUGAACGGGUUCGCAGACCGCACCUUGGAUGAGGGCGCUUUCGGGGAGAAGAAGGGCUUCUCUGAAGGCCUGAGGACCUUCGAUGCCUUCCCCAAAACGAAACCCACCUACACCCGGCGCUCCUCCACCGGCGGCUACACCACCCUCCUCCUGAUCCUGAUCAGCACCAUCCUCUCCUUCACCGAGCUCCGCCGCUGGUACUCCGGCCGCGAAACGCAUCUCUUCAGCGUCGAGAAAGGCGUCUCCCACGAACUGCAAAUCAACCUCGACGUCGUAAUCCCAAUGCUCUGUUCCGACCUGAACAUCAACGUGCAAGACGCCUCGGGCGAUCGCAUACUCGCCGGCGACUUGCUGACCAAGGACGCUACGAACUGGCGACUGUGGGUGGAGCGGGCGAACACGCUGGAGAGACAGGGGAAGGAUUUGGCCAAGGAGCAGGAGGAGGAUACGCAUGUGGGGCACGUGCUGGGGCAUGGGAGGGAAAAGCGACGGUUCAAGAAGACGCCGAGGUUGGGGAGGGGCAUGCCGGGGACGAGCUGUAGGGUUUAUGGCAGUUUGGAGGGCAAUAAGGUGCAGGGGGACUUUCAUAUUACGGCGAGGGGGCAUGGCUAUAUGGAAUUCGGGCAGCAUUUGGAUCAUUCUGCAUUCAACUUCUCCCACAUAAUCAACGAACUAUCCUUCGGUCCCCUCUACCCCUCCCUCCUCAACCCUCUGGACAAAACUUACGCCACAACCGGCGCCAACUUCUACAAAUACCAAUACUACCUCUCCGUCGUCCCCACAAUCUACACGCGGACUCCCUCUCCCAAAACCCCCUCCGCCAUCUCCCCCUCGAACAUGCUCUCCACAUCCUCCGACACCAUAAUCACAAACCAAUACGCCGUAACCUCCCAAUCCCACGAUGUCAACGAACGCUCCGUGCCGGGUAUAUUCUUCAAGUUUGACAUCGAGCCGAUCCUGCUGACGAUCAGAGAGGAGAGGGGAGGGCUGUUGGCGUUGUGUGUAAGGGUUGUCAAUGUGGUGAGUGGGAUCCUGGUGGGUGGAGGGUGGUGCUAUCAAUUGGCUGGGUGGGGGAGGGACGUGCUGGGGGGACGGAAGAAGGGGGAGAAGGGUGGUAUGGGCAUGUUGCAUGGAGGGAACGGUGCGAUUGAGGAGGAGGAAGAGUGA